UAGAAUUCCACCUCCCUCGAUCCCCACCUCCUGCCUGCCUCUUCCCCCACUCUUUAUCCCACGCCACCUCUUCCUGGACCUUCUCUUUAGCUCUGAGACCGCUGAGGAGAGAGCCACCGAGAGUUCGGGCGCUUCGGGAUGGAGAAGGCUCCAGCCACCCGGCGCAGGAGUUCGGGCCAAGGUUCUGCCAAGAAGUCUACAGCACGGACCCCGGCUCCCCGUCUCCCCUCUCAGGCUGUCCCCGAUCUUACAGACGCGGUCCCAGGGAAUGUCCCUCACUCCAAAAGGACGGAAUCUCUGCGAGAAAAGAAACCCCUAGAUUUCCAGGAGAAGCUCCCCGCCAGAGCCCCCGGAACUCUGCCAGCUAAGAAGCUCCCCGCCAGAGCCUCCGGAACUCCGCCAGCUAAGAAGCUCCCCGCCAGAGCCCCCGGAACACUGCCAGCUAAGAAGGAGCCUCCCCACCCAGAGGACGGAGGUACGCAGAGGGACAAGAGACCGGAUCUCGGGGAGGAUCGCCCUUCUGGAGCCUUGACAGCUGUAUCCUACGAGCCGGAAAUUUUGCCCAAGGAAAAGAGGGGUCCAGCGGGACGGGAGAACUCGGUUAGGAGGAGGCUACAGCGUGUGGUGGAGAAACUGAGGCUGCGGCGUCAAGAGAGGUCCGAAGCUUGCGGGCUGGUGAACAAGGUUUUGGACCACUUGCAACGGCAGCUGCCCCUCCGCGACCCAGCCUUCAAAGGCAUCGUGGCGCUGGGGACAGGCAGCUACUACGAGCAAGUGAAGAUUUCUGUUCCAAAUGAAUUUGAUGUCAUGCUUAAACUAGAAGUUCCCAGAGUUGAACUAGAAGAAUAUGAUGAAAGUGGUGCUUUUUACUUCGUGAAGUUUAAAAGAAAUCCAAAAGGAAACCCUCUGAUUAAAUUUUUGGAUAAUGAAAUAUUAUCAGCUUCUAAACUGCUUUCUAAAUUUAGGAAAAUCAUUAAGGCAGAAGUAAGCCAUAUUAAAGAAAUGGACAUUAUUGUGGAGAGGAAAAAACCCAAGAGCCCAGCGGUAACCCUUCUAAUUAGAAAACCUGAAGAGAUAUCAGUGGAUAUAGUCCUAGCUUUGGAAUUGCGGAGCAGCUGGCCCCCAAGUACACAAGGGGGUCUAACGAUCGAAACCUGGCUAGGAAGAAAAGUAAAGAUGGAAUUUAAAUACAGGCCAGUUUACCUCGUACCCAAGUCUGUAAAGGAAGGAAAUGGUCUUCAAGCAAACACCUGGCGGCUUUCCUUCUCACACAUCGAGAAGGACAUAAUAAGGAAUCACGGAAGUGAAAAAACGUGUUGUGAGAUGAAUGGCGUGCCGUGUUGCCGGAAAAAAUGUUUAAAGUUGAUGAAGUAUCUUCUUGAAAAGCUGAAAAAAAAAUUUGAGAACCGGAAGGAACUAGACAAGUUCCAUUCUUACCACAUGAAAACUGCCUUCUUUCACGUAUGUGCCCAGAAACCAAAUGACAGUCAAUGGCAAUUAGGAGACCUAGAACGGUGUUUUGAUGACUGUGUGAGUUAUUUUCUUCAAUGUCUCCAGUUAGAACAACUUUUUCAUUUUUUUAUUCCUAGAUAUAAUCUGUUUAGUCAUGACCUCAUCGACACAAACAGUCAAUCAUUUCUGUUUUGGCAAAUUGAAUUUCAAAGAAACAAUAUGUUUCCAUUAUUUGAUGAAUAAAAUUAUGCUUGGAAAAGAA